UGCCUUUUAAAAUGACACGUGCUUCUCCGUGUUUACGUGAUUUGGUGUCCCACAGUGUGAACAGAGAUGGAUGAGUGUGUGUGAGGCGCCAAAAGACGUCAUUCUCACUACACCUGUGCUGCCGCCUCCUGGACGGACGCGACUCUUUUGCAGCGACUGUACUAUAAGUGAACGGACAGCUUAUGAGCCCCACUCAAAGCGAAGAGAACCACACACAAGGAGCGGGAUGGCGAGGAUAUUACCGCUGCACCUUCGCGUCCUUCUUGUGGGGCUCUUGUUAACGGGGACCUUGACAGUCCAAGCAAACAGAGGGGCGACAUCGGCUGACGAAGAGAGGGAAAAAGAGAGCGACACGGAGGCGCCAUGUGAGGUGAAAAUCGUAACCGUGUCUACCCUGCCCGUACUCCGGGAGAACGAGUUCAGCUUCACCGGCGGAGCCUCGGGGAGCGUGGUCGCAGGAGGGGGUCCUGCUGGAGCAGGUGCUGCUGCUGGAGGAGGAACUGGUGGUGGUGUUGGAGGAGGAGGAGGAGGAGGAGGGGGGGAAUCCCGACUCCUGUUAUUCGUUAGAACCGACCUACCUGGGCGAAUUUCCGUAAUGGAUGAUCUUGACAACACAGCUCUCCCCUACUUCACACUCGAGAUGUCUGGUACGGGAGAAGAUAUUUCUCAGGUACACUGGAAGCAGCAGUGGUUGGAAAAUGGGACACUGUACUUCCAUGUGUCCAUGACUGAGUCUGAGCUUGUAGCACAGACAACACAACCCACAGCUCGGGAGCCUACUCAUGCCCUACAUGAACACAUGCAUCUGCUGCACAUCUCAGUUAUGGGAGGCCUCAUUGCCCUCCUUCUCCUAAUUCUCCUCUUCACCCUUGUCCUGUAUACUCGCCACCGAUGGUGCAAGCGUCGCCGCAUCCCCCAGAAGAGCGCCAGCACCGAGGCCACACAUGAGAUCCACUACAUUCCCUCUGUUCUGCUCGGACCCCAGGGCCGAGACAGCUAUCGGGGCUCUCGAAAUACACACCAACAUGGGAGCUCUGUCAUCGGUAUGCCCAUCCGCGAGACCCCCAUUCUUGAUGAUUACGACUGUGAUGAGGAGGACCCAGGUGGACACUCACUUAACUCCACGCCCAACAAGCUCCACACCAAGAUGAGUGAUGGGAAGGUCCAGGAGGACUAUGGAGUUAACAUUGGCAUCGGAGGACACACAGAAAUGAUGUUCAAGGAAAAUGAGAUUAAGCAUAAUUUUGAAAAACGAGCUAUUGACCCAAACACGGAGUCAGUAGAGGAUUUGAUGCAGAGGUUCCAGGACAGUUUCCGUGUUCCCAACACGCCAACGGACAUGUCUCACUAUCAGCAUGUCAUGCACAGCUCGUCGACGGGUCGCCGGAGGGUCCCCAGCCACACCAGAGCACCUGGAGGUGUGUUUGGUCCUCAAGGGGAAUCAGGGUCAGAGCCUGAAGAUGACAGCCAAAUGAAGUUUUACACAGAACAGCACAGAGGACGAAGGCGCAGCAAAGGCCACCCACACAGUCCUCUAAACAAGGUCACCCUGACGUUGAUUACCAUCAGCACAUGUGUCAUUGCCAUUGUCUAUGCUACACAGGAUUCCUGCCCCCUCACUGUCAAGGUUACCCUCCAUGUGCCUGAGCAUUUUGUUGCGGAUGGAAGUAGUUUUGUGGUGAGCAUGGGCAGCUUCCUGGAUGUUUCUAAUUGGCUAAACCCAGCCAAGCUAACCCUCUACUAUCAGACCAAUUCGUCUACACAAUGGGUCCUGGACUACUGCGGCCAGAGGACCACUGAGCCCUGCGAGCAGAUUUGUGAUCAGGACACAGGAGAAUGCAGCUGUCAUGAGGGUUAUUCCCCCGAUCCUGUCCAUAAACACCUCUGCGUGCGCAGCGACUGGGGUCGAAACGAAGGUCCUUGGCCAUACGCUAAUCUGGAGAAAGGCUACGACCUAGUUACAGGAGAGCAGGCCCCAGAGAGGAUCUUCAGAUCAUUUUACAGUCUGGGCCAAGGAUUGUGGCUCCCAGUCAGCAAGAGCUUUGUGGUGCCACCAGUGGAACUGUCAAUCAACCCCAUCGCCAGCUGUAAGACAGAUGUGCUGGUUACUGAAGAUCCAGGAGAGGUCAGGGAAGAGGCCAUGAUGUCCACUUACUUUGAGACAGUGGAGGACCUACUGGCAUCUUUUGGGCCCGCCCGUGACUGUUCCAAAGAUAACGGUGGUUGCAAGAAGAACUUCAAAUGUGUGACUGACAGACAGUUAGACUCAUCCGGCUGCAUGGUAAGUGUAAGCAGAUGGCAUGUGCUGGUUUUACUUCUACUGUUGAUGACAUGCUGACAUGAAUAUGUUGCU